UAUUGUGCUGAACAGUGGUAUUAAAGGAACCGCACUGUAACACGCACUAACGCGCGCGCAGGCACACUGUAGGGCGCAGAAGAACGCAGAUUCAUCGUAGCGAAUGGCGUAUUAAUGAUGGAAUUUAGCUGGCUUCUGUUUACAGCGCUUUUUCUGUUUACUCUCAAACCAGGUGUGUCAAGGCCUGUCCUCACCCCCAGUGGCCCUUACCUGGUGGUGAACAGAGGGGGGGCCAUCAGCUUGCGUUGUGAGGAUGACGGGCGGGUUGAGUGGCGCUGGCCGAACCGUGCGAAGUGGCGCAGGGUGGCGGGGGCGAAGCAAGGGCCUGACCUGGCGCUGGUCUCCAUCCCCUCUGCACAGCCGCAGCACAUGGGCCUCUACACCUGCACCAACCACAGGGGCCUGGAGAGCAGCAUCUACGUCUACGUUAAAGAUAUUGGCAGUGCAUUCCAGCGCCCGCUGAUCCCAGACAUUGUGAUGAAAGCAGGCCGCAGCUCUGUGCUGCCGUGCCUGGCCACAGACCCCGCCCUGACCAACCUGGCACUGCGGACGUGUGCUGGGCACGCCCUGCCUCCUGGCCUCAUCUACAACAGCAGCCUGGAGCGAGGUGUAACCAUCGAACAUGUGCAGGAAGCAUACGCGGGCUGCUAUGUCUGCACCGGAACACUUGGAGGAGAUGCAGUCAGAUCCAGUCAGUACAAAAUCACUGUGAUCCCAGUGGCACAACACCUUCCCAUAAUACACCUGUCUGAAAAAGAGGUGGUUAUUCUGACCAAGGGCCAGACGUUUGACGUAACGUGCAGUUCCACCAACGUGAACAAUGACUUCCACCUGAAUUGGACCUUUCCCCCUGGCGUGCAACCGUUGCUAAGCGAGGCCUCGUCCCACCGGCUGCAGGAUGGCAGAGGGUUCCGCCACAGCUUGGUGCUGACGGUGCCCGCCGUGCGUGCUGCCGAUGCUGGGCAGUAUCGCUGCCAGGCGCUGAAUGAGGUGGGCGUGGCCACCUCCUCCAUCAUGCUACGUGUGCAUGAGAGUGGCUUCAUUAACCUGACAGAGAUGGAGAACAGCACUGUUCACAUCCGGGAGGGAGAAACGCUUUCUCUGAGGGUGCAGCUGCAGGCAUACCCAAGACCCCACACUUUGUCCUGGAGCUACAUGGGAGGUGCCCUGCAAAACACCUCUGACCACACCAUCAUCUCCGAACACCUGGGAUACAGGUCCGUCAGUGAGCUUCGGCUGGUGAGGAUCAAAGCCUCAGAAAGAGGAGUUUACACCUUCAGCGCCCAAAGCACAGAGGCACUGGCCACCCGAUCGUUCGCCAUCCAUGUGAUCAGUAAACCUGAAAUCAUAUCUCGGGAUGGGCCCAUUAAUGGGCAGGUACGCUGUGUAGCUGCAGGGUACCCCACACCUGAGAUCACCUGGUACUACUGCCAACCACCUCACACACGGUGUUCUCACCUGCAGAACGCCACUCAGGAGCAGGGCGUUUCCACGGUGACGGUGUCCAGCCCAGACUUUGGCCGCAGGACGGUGGAGAGCCGUGUGAACGUCAGCCGAGGAGCCUUCCACACGCUGGAGUGUGUGGCCACCGCCGAGGGGGAGCAGGCCUACACACUCUUCUCUGUGGGCGAACGUACCGUUCCUCAUAAGCUGUUCACACCAUUACUGUCUGGAUUUAUUCUGGCCGCUGCUCUGCUGAGUGUGUGCCUGGUGGUGCUGUUCUACAGGUACCUGCAGAAGCCCAAAUUCCAGAUCCAGUGGAAGGUUAUUGAGAGUAUCCAUGGCAACAAUUAUGUUUACAUUGACCCCACCCAGCUCCCCUAUGACCCAAAAUGGGAGUUUCCCCGUGAUAAACUACGCUUUGGGAAAACUCUGGGCUCUGGAGCGUUUGGGAGGGUGGUGGAGGCCACAGCUUAUGGCAUGCUGAAAGCAGACUCUGUGAUGACAGUUGCUGUAAAAAUGCUGAAACCGAGUGCGCACGUUACAGAGACGGAGGCCUUGAUGUCCGAGCUGAAGGUGCUCAGUUACCUGGGGCACCACAUGAACAUUGUGAACCUGCUGGGAGCCUGCACUGUGGGAGGUCCUACUUUGGUGAUCACAGAGUAUUGCUGCUUUGGUGACCUUUUAAACUUUCUGAGGCAAAACCGUGAGGCUUUCCUGAGCUGUGAGCUGGAAAAUGACUUUUACAAGAACAUCUCUGCCUUCAAAGAGCUAGCUGGAGACAGCAGCAGGAAUGGCUACAUGACCAUGAGACCAUCCAGUCCUUUCACUUCUCCACAGAGCAACCAGCAUGGUUGUGGCGAAGGUGAAGGCAGCCAUGUGGAGCCAGUGUCCCUGCAGAUGGAGGAUCUCUUAAGCUUCUCUUAUCAAGUGGCAAAAGGCAUGGACUUCCUAGCAUCCAGGAAUUGUAUCCAUAGAGAUCUGGCAGCCCGGAACAUUCUCCUCACUCAGGGGCGUGUGGCUAAGAUCUGUGACUUUGGUCUGGCCAGAGAUAUCACCAGCGAUUCCAACUAUGUGGUUAAAGGCAAUGCACGACUUCCUGUGAAGUGGAUGUCUCCGGAGAGCAUCUUUGAGUGUGUGUACACACUGGAGAGCGACGUCUGGUCCUAUGGCAUUCUGCUGUGGGAGAUCUUCUCUCUGGGCAGCAGCCCGUACCCCGGAAUGCCUGUGAGCUCACUGUUCUACAAGAGAAUCAGAGAGGGAUACAGAAUGAGAGAACCAGAAUUCGCACCCGGCCACAUGUAUGAGGUGAUGAGGUGCUGCUGGGAUGCAGACCCUUUGAAGAGGCCGUCCUUCCGGAAGAUUGUGGAGAAUCUGGAAGGGCAGCUUGCGGACAGCGCUAAGCAUAUCUACAUGAAUUUCAGUCGCAGUUUUGCGUGUGACCAGCGGGGGGCACACUCCCAGCGUCUGAGUUCAGUGGGCAGCAUGACUCAGCCCCUCCUCCACAGUGAUGUGUUCCUGUAGGUAGAUCUGCACACCUCCCUAAUCUACCCAGACCUAAUCUAAACCACCGUAAUCUACAACAAUCUAAUCUACACCCACCUAAUCUAAACCACUCCAAUCUACAUCCACCCUAAUCUAAAACAUCCUAAUCUACACCCACCCUAAUCUACACAACCUUAAUCUAAACCACACUAUCUACAACAAAUCUACACCACCCUAAUCUAAACCCCCCUAAUCUACAACCACCCUAAUCUAAACCAUCCUAACCAACAAUUAACUAAUCUGCACCCACCCUCAUCUACUCCCUCAAUCUACGAUUCUAUAAUCUAUACCACCCUAUUCUACUUUCUCCUAAUCUACACCACCCUAAUCAACACCCCCUAUUCUAAACCACCCUAAUUUUCAAACCUAGUCUACACCUCCCUAAUCUAUGGCACCCAAAUCUACACCUGGGCAGUCUGCACCUCCCUAAUCUACGCCAUCAUAAUCUACACCCCCUGAUCUACUCCCUCCUACUAUUCACAAACCUAAUUUACACCCCCUAGACUCCAGGCAGUUUUCAACAUGAUCUACAGCCAAAUCAUCAACCACAAUGUGCACCCCCUGAUCCGUUUCUGUAAUUCACACCCCCAAAACGUUAAACCCUAAUGUACACCCCUUUACCUAACAUACACCGCUUUACCUAAUCUACACCCCUUUACCUAACCUAAACUACUUUACCUAACCCUACACCCCUUUACCUAAUCUACACCCCUUUACCUAAUGUACACCCCUUUACCUAACCUAAACCACUUUAUCUAACCUACACCCCUUUACCUAAUCUACACCCCUUUACCUAAUCUACACCCCUUUACCUAAUCUACACCCCUUUACCUAACUUAAACCACUUUACCUAACCCUACACCCCUUUACUUAACCUACACCCCUUUACCUAAUCUACACCCCUUUACCUAACCUAAACCACUUUACCUAACCCUAAACCCCUUUACAUAAUCUACACUCCUUUACCUAACCCUACACCCCUUUAUCUAACCUACACCCCUUCACCUAACUCUACACCCCUUUACCUAACCUACACUCCUUUACCUAACCCUACACCCCUUUAUCUAACCUACACCCCUUCACCUAACUCUACACCCCUUUACCUAACCUACACCCCUUUACCUAACCCUACACCCCUUUACCUAAUCUACACCCCUUUACCAAACCUACACCCCUUUACCUAACCUAUACCCCUUUACCUAAUCUACACCCCUUUACCUAACCCUACACCCCUUUAUCUAACCUACACCCCUUUACCUAACCUACACCCCUUUAUCUAACCUACACCCCUUUACCUAAUCUACACCCCUUUACCUAACCCUACACCCCUUUAUCUAACCUACACCCCUUUACCUAACCCUACACCCCUUUACCUAAUCUACAGGCCUUUACCAAAUCUACACCCCUUUACCUAAACUACACCCCUAUUUUACAUGGCGCUCCAAUGAACAUACCCCAUUUCCUACUCUACAUAUUGCUCCAAUGUAUAUACCCAAUUCCCUACUCUACGCUCUCAACAUCCCUCAGGUGUACAAACCCAAUUCCCUACUCUACGCUCUACACAUCCCUCCGGUGUACAAACCCAAUUCCCUACUCUACGCUCUCAACAUCCCUCAGGUGUACAAACCCAAUUCCCUACUCUACGCUCUCAACAUCCCUCAGGUGUACAAACCCAAUUCCCUACUCUACGCUCUACACAUCCCUCAGGUGUACAAACCCAAUUCUCCAGUUUUCUUCUGCUUUGUGGCUGUUUAGUUUCUUUUUGGAUUUUUUUUGUUUGUUUUUUGCUUUUUAAUGUAUUUUUACUUGCUGUUUUCAGUACUGCCUGAUUUUGUAUUUUCAUUUAGUUUGGUAAUUCGUUAAUAGAGCAUUAACCUGUAAAAAUGUCUGUCAUUUGAUACACAAUAAAUAAAUGACCCACA